AUGGCUGAUGCGACCCUUCUUCAUCACCUCAUAGAGGUUUUGCCAAAGGCAGAGCUGCACGUGCACAUUGAGGGAACACUGAGCCCAGAACUGCUCUUUGAGCUUGCGAAGAGGAAUGGGGUGCAGAUUCCGUACAAGACGGUGGAGGAGGUCCGUGUGGCCUAUAACUUUACUGAUCUGCAGUCAUUCCUGGACCUCUAUUAUGAAGGCAUGUCCGUCCUCAUCACCGAGGACGAUUUUGAGGACCUGGCAUAUGCCUACACGCGUGUGAUGCACGAGAGCCGCGUCGUUCACGCCGAGCCCUUUUUCGAUCCCCAAGGUCACCUCUGCCGCGGCGUUACAUUUCGCGUUCUCUACGACGGGCUCAUGAGGGGGUUUCGCCGCGGUGAGGCCGAGUUUGGAGUCAGUGUAAUGCUCAUCUUUAGCUUCCUUCGUCAUCUCUCCGAGGAGGAGUGCCUUGCACUCGUGCUCGAUGACAUGCACCCCGACAACGGUCAGUACAUACGUGAGCUGUUCGUAGCGAAGGCGUUUGUAGCGGUGGGGCUGGACUCUUCAGAAUUGGGCCACCCACCGGAGAAGUUCGCGCGGCUCUACCGCUACUGCCGCGAAGAGCUGAAGGUGCCGUUCCUUGUGGCGCACGCGGGCGAGGAAGGUCCACCGGAGUACAUGCGGGAUGCGAUGAGCAUGCUGAAAGUGGACCGCAUCGACCACGGUGUGGCCGCGCGUCUGGACCAGGCGCUGUGCAAGGAUCUGCGUGAGAAGCGAAUCCCACUGACUGUGUGCCCGACGUCGAACGUAGCCCUCAAGGUCUUCCAGGAUCGCGCGACGUGCGGGGCGGUGGUGAUGGACCUCAUUUUGACAGAGGGGCUCUGCGUCACCAUCAACUCGGAUGAUCCGGCCUACUUUGGCGGCGACAUUCGAGAGAGUUUCCGCAUUCUCGCCGAGACGGGCCGACUCACCCCGGCCACGCUGAAGCAGCUCGUGCUCAACUCGUUCUCCAGCAGCUUCAUCGCCGACGAUAGCAAACGCGCGUACAAGGAGAGGGUGGAGAAGGUGUUCAAGGACGUGUGCGGGGGGACGUAUGAGUGA